UCAAGUGCAACAUGGGUAAUUUUCAACAUGGCGGCCAAUGCGAGACAUGCUCGCGUUGAACUAAAUCCUUUACAAUGAAUUGCUCCCUAUAUGAAAAUAUUCCAUAGUUAGUUAUCCUAGAGUUUUGUUUCGAAUAAGUCUAUCUUUACAAUGACGUCCAUUAUUAAGCUAAAUGUGCUCUCUGGAGCCCACGACGAAGCACCUCUGUGUUAUCUGUUGCAAGUGGAUGAAUUUCGCUUCCUGCUCGACUGCGGCUGGAACGAGACAUUGGAUAUGGAGAUCAUGGAAUCAAUAAAGCGGCAUGUUCAGCAAGUUGAUGCAGUACUGGUAUCAUUUCCAGAUAUAUACCACAUGGGAGGGUUACCAUAUUUGGUCGGCAAGUGUGGGCUUCACUGCCCUAUUUACACCACUAUACCAGUGUACAAGAUGGGGCAGAUGUUCAUGUAUGAUUGGUACCAGUGUCAUCAAAACUCAGAGGAGUUUGAUGUCUUCAGUCUUGAUGACGUUGACGCUGUGUUUGACAAGAUUAUACAGCUAAAGUAUUCACAGACUGUCAGCUUAAAAGGCAAAGGCCAUGGUAUAACGAUAACACCCUACGCCGCUGGCCACAUGAUUGGCGGGACCAUGUGGAAGAUUGUCAAAGAUGGGGAAGAAGAUAUAAUCUAUGCAGUGGAUUAUAAUCACAAGAAGGAGAGGCAUCUUAAUGGCGCUGUGCUUGAGACACUCAGUCGGCCGUCUUUGCUUAUCACAGACUCCUUUAAUGCUCUAAAUAUCCAGACACGGCGCAGAGAAAGGGAUACACAGCUGAUGGGUGAAAUCUUGAAGACAAUGCGUCGGCAUGGCAAUGUCAUGAUCGCUAUAGAUACUGCUGGAAGGGUUCUAGAGCUGUCCCAACUGCUGGAUCAACUAUGGCGUAAUCUGGACUCUGGACUUUCUGCCUAUUCCCUGGCGAUGUUGAAUAAUGUCAGCUACAAUGUGAUUGAGUUUGCCAAGUCGCAGGUGGAAUGGAUGAGCGAUAAAAUCAUGAAAGCAUUUGAAAUUGGAAGAAAUAACCCCUACCAAUUCAGAUACUGUCAUCUGUGUCACAGCCUAGCAGACCUUGCCAGAGUUCCUGAGCCUAAGGUUGUAUUAGCAAGCAUGAUGGAUCUCACAGCAGGAUUCUCCCGUGAUUUAUUUGUUGAGUGGGCAGACAACCCUAAGAACACUGUCAUAUUUACAGCACGUUCCUCCCCGGGGACCCUUGCUCGCACUUUGAUUGACAACCUGGAACUAAAACAAGUAGAACUUGAGGUCAAACAGAGGGUCCGUCUUGGGGGGGAGGAGCUUGAGCGCUAUUUAGAGGAGAACAAGAAAAAGGAAAAGGAGUUACAUGCUGUUGACGGCAUGCCCAGUACCUUGGUUGCCGAGGAUGACAGUGACAGUGAGGUGGAGGACGAGGUUGCAAGUGGCGCACGGCAUGAUCUCAUGAUGGCAGAACAAAAGAGUGGGCGUAAGAGCAGUUUCUUCAAGCAAGCGAGGUCCUUCCCAAUGUUCCCUUGCCAUGAAGAGAAGGCUAAGUGGGAUGACUACGGCGAGUUCAUCAGACCUGAAGACUAUAUGCAGAGAGAGUUAUCAGCAACAGAGGAAGAGAAGCAGAAAGUUGAGCAACAAAAAACUGAGUCCGUGGAUGCAGAGCUCUUGGCAUCCCAAGGAGAUCUCUCCAAGGUCCCUACCAAGUGUAUCUCCCAAAAGAAGACUGUUAGCAUCAGGUGUACAUUGGCUUUUAUAGACUUCGAGGGACGUUCUGACGGAGAAUCCAUCAAGCGUAUCCUGAAUCUUGUGAACCCCAGGAAACUGGUUCUAGUCCAUGGGGACUCCAAGUCCACCCAGCAUUUGGCGGAUUACUGUCAGUCAAGCAGCAGCAUCCAAGUGAGUCAGGUGUUCACGCCUGCUGUGGGGGAGACGGUGGAGGCAACUGGAGAGAGGCACAUUUACCAGGUAAAAUUGCGUGACGCGUUGGUGAGCUCGUUACAGUUCGCGCAGGCACGUGACGCAGAGCUCGCGUGGAUUGAUGGGCAGUUGGACAUGAAGCUGGCUCCAGCCAAUCAGGACUUGAUGGGCGACAAGCCCGGUGAGGAGAAGAUGGAGACUGAUCAGGACGAGGCGCUAGAUACUGUACCAGUAUUGGAGCAGAACACGUCUAGUAAGAUCGCAGGUCACGUGUCCGUGUUUAUUAAUGAGCCCCGCCUCUCCGACUUCAAGCAAGUGCUCAACAAGGCAGGCAUUCAGGCGGAGUUCGCAGGCGGAGUCCUCAUAUGCAACAACGUGGUGUGCGUGCGUAGGAACGAGACGGGUCGAGUCGGACUCGAGGGAACUGUUUGCGAAGACUACUACACGAUUCGGGACCUUCUGUAUUCACAAUAUGCUAUUGUCUAGAAGAAGACACAGCCUACCAGCGCAUCCGGGAUUCACUACUACAAGAUCCGGGACCUUUUGUAUUUACAAUAUACUAUUGUCUAGAAGAAGACACAGCUUACCAAGCGCAUCCGGCAUUCACUACUACAAGAUCCGGGACCUUUUGCAUUUACAAUAUACUAUUGUCUAGAAGAGGACACAGCCUACCAGCGCAUCCGGCAUUCACUACUACAAGAUCUGGGACCUUCUGUAUUCACAACAUUUUAUUGUCUAGAAGAAGACACAGCAUUACAGCGUUACAACAUUUUUCCCAUCCAUCCCUCUCCCCCCUCGAACCGACUCCCUACACAAAUACACCCAUGUCAAGGAUGAACUGCUUUGUUUUAGUAGCCCAUGUAGUUAAUGUACAUAAUACGUUGUCAAUAAAGUAGUUUUGUCUGCUGCA